CAUAGACCAUAGCCAAGGAAGGAAUCCAGCCCGCAUGGUGCUCUCGGCCGUCCUGCUCGCGGCAGGCAUCACGCUGAUGCUCGUCGUGCACAUCCUCGUGGUCCUCUGGGUGCUGAGGCGGGGCAUGACCGCCCGCGUCGCCGAGCACGCGGAGGAAGAAGACGCAGGCCUUACCGCCGAAGAGCUCGGCGAGCUGCCAUGCCACGACUUCAAGGAAGGCGGCCCCGGCGAGUGCGCGGUGUGCCUGGAGGCGUUCAUGGCCGGCGACCGCUGCAUGGUGCUGCCGCGGUGCGAGCACGGGUUCCACGCCGAGUGCGUCAGCUCGUGGCUGCGCAAGAGCCGCCUGUGCCCCAUCUGCCGCACCGAGGUGGCCGGCGCGGUGGCCGGCGAGGUCGUCGUGGAGGUCGCUGCUGCCUGAUGGCCGUCGUUGGGUAGUUGGAUGCAGUGUUUGCAGGUGUUUGGCAGGUUCUCUUCUGUACUGUGUACAACGUUUCUGCAUUUGUUAUGUAUAUAGCCAUCUUGUUGAUUUAGAUGCUCUUGCGAGGAUUUCUAACUGAACAUCGUGGCGAAUCAGGAGGCCACGCUCAAGGCCUGUCUGUGCAUAGUUUGGUGCUGUUUAUCAGCCGCACCACUGAAGAUUUCUCGUUUGAUCUUGAUGCUUAUUUAUUCAGAAAAAUGCCUCGC